ACGAUUUUUAAGGAGGGGUUGAUGCUGGUCCGCACCUUUGCUGCUGGGCGGCUGCUCCCCACAUGAUAAAUAAUGAUUUCAUAGUCCACAAUCAUCUGACCACUGCUGAACACACUAUUUCUUGUUGAACCAUUAUUUGUUAAUCAUCUUUUGGUAUGGAGGAUAAUAGCAAAGCGAGCAUAGUGAAAAAGCUCCAAGCUGUGAAGCAGGAGAACGGCAAGUCGUACAGUGAGUUAGCGGAGGAAACCGGACUGACCAACGUGUAUGUUGCCCAGCUCCUGAAAAGACAAGCUCAGCUCAAACCCCAAACUGCCCCUAAGCUCCGGGCAGCCCUCCCCGAGCUGACCGAUGAUCUUUUGGAAGAGAUGAUGAGGCAUCCCUUGAGGUCUUAUGACCCUCACCUCAUCCAAGACCCCACUGUAUACAGGUUGAAUGAAGCUGUUAUGCAUUUUGGGGAGAGCAUUAAAGAAAUAAUCAAUGAAGACUUUGGUGAUGGGAUCACGUCAGCAAUAGAUUUCUACUGCUCAGUUGACAAAGUCAAGGGAGUAGAUGGGAAAGAUCGUGUGGUCCUGACAUUUGAUGGAAAAUUUUUGCCAUAUUCGGAGCAGCCUCAAGAGUGUCUCACUUUGCUAACUGCUAUACUUAUGUCCAAACUUUCCCAUUGUGAGCAGAAAUCAGAGCACAUGGUUUCAAGACAAAGGCCACACAGAAAUUAAUGAGUGCGGCGAUGCGUCAACCGAAACCAAAAUUGUACGUCUUUCCGCACAGACAGAUUCCUCUCUGCCUGUGUUUCGUAUUACUGCAUGAUGUUUUUGUUCGCUGUUGUCUUGUUUGUGCGGCUUAUGUGUGUUAAAGCCAGAAUAAAAGGUAUGUCCUAAAAAAUUUUUGGGUGUCUCUAGCUUGACCCAAAACAAAAUAAUGUACAAGUUUUUAGGCUAGCCAAUCUUGGCCGUGUAUGGCUUUUGGGAUUCAUGGCGUUUGCAUCUUAAUUCUUAAGUCUUUUAACAGUAAAUAAGCUUUUAUUGAAGUCAAGGAAACUUAAAAAUGUUCAUCGUUAUUCCGUCCAACAUUGUAAAUUAUCUGAAGUUUGGUGUUGAAAACCUAGGUAUGUUUAUCAGUAA